CACCUCAGCAAACACUCGCUAUGGCGUCCGCAAGCUCUUCCCAGUCAACCUUCAGGCUGGGCCGCAGCAAGAAGAGCCCUACCGUCAUGGAUCAGAUCGGAAAGUUCUUCGGAGGGGAUAAAAAGAAGAAGGGAAAGGGAUCUUUUCGAGGUGGUUUGUCCUCGUCCCCUCAGAGAUCGAGCGCGUCCCCGCGGCGCCGUCCAGAUGAGGGCGCUGUCAUGCACUUCCUCAGAAACAUCGUUUCUCCCUCUACCCCAAAAUCUAAGAGAGAGCAGAAAUCACAGAGCAGCAAAGGCCAGAAGGGACGUGGAGACAGUCAAAGCACCUUAACCCGCAUCUUCAAACGGGGAGGAAGCCAGACUGCUUCAUCUGCCAAGCGUUGAAACCCCAUCACUUCUUCCCGUUCAAAGAUAGAGGAAAAGCAUAAAAAUGAAUUCUUUUUAUUUUUCUAAUACAGUAACAAUGACUUGAAGAGGCUUUUGCAUUGAUAUGUUACAAUACAAUCUGUGUCUUCUGCAUUACUCUGCUCUGUCCUGUCAGACUUGUAUUGAUGUAGUUGUGUAAUCUUUGAGAGUUGAACGACACUAACUAGUGUGCUGGUCAGACACCGACACUGAGCACCUGCGGCGAUGUUUGUCUUGUUGAACAGCUUUCGUCUCGUCUUUAGUCUUACACUGACCUCGACACGGCUCACUGUGAGAGGAGACAGUACUGUGUAUUAGACCUCAGAUGUGCUUUCUACAGUCUGCGUCCCAUAAUCCAUUAAACAUACUGUGCACGUGCCGAGAUCCACAACAGAUGCGUUUGGAGACUUGUGAAAUGUUAGUUUGGAUCUGCUGAUUUCUAACUGUAACUGUACGACUGAUUCUGUGCUCUUUAUAGUUUGAGCCUUCAUUUUCUGUUCAUCAGGAAGCAAUAGAUACAAAAACAAAUGGGGUCUUAUUUAAACUAAAGAAUAUUUGAUGUCUUAUAUGUUUGUUAUAGCUAAUUAAUGGUGACCAUUAAAAGUGCAAAACGUU